AUGAACAAUAACGUAAAUCGUAUAUCUCAACAAGUUUACUCUGGUCCAUAUGCAAGUGUAGCGAGACUACUUCUUAAGCCUUCCUCUAGUUUGACUAGUCUUUUAUUUGUCAUAGAAGAAUUCAUACAAUCUGAAGCCGAAUCCUUUACAUUUUUAUUUGACACUUCUCUACAACUAUUUUACAUAUUUAACAAAGUUACUACUUCUGUACUAGUCAGUAAAGAGUAUGAGCAUAAAAAGAAAAUACAGUGGAUAAAAAAUGUUUGCGAUCUUGUGAAGAAUGAACUUGUCGGAUUUGUAGUAACUGCAGGUGUAUUGAGAGCUUGUCAGUUAGUCAAAGAAUCAGCUCGAGAAGGAAUGUACAGAAACUUGAUCGCGGAGAUUGAAAACUUCUUUUUGACAGGCUUGGAUCAUGCUAUAAAUAAGAUGGAUGGACAAGAAGAAAUGCAGGACGUCCUUGUUUAUUUGUGUAGCGAAACUAUACCAAGCAUAUCGUAUCAGCAACUUGCUAAAUUGAAAUCAAAGGAAACACUAUUACAAACGACUUUAAGUGUGAUGCUUACGAGCAAGAGAUGUUUUCAGAAUCUUGAUUUUAUCACGAGGGUUACAAGUAACCUGAAAUCAUCUGCUAAUAAAGAUUGGCAGCAUCUGCGGGAUCUUGAACAAAGCAUCAUGAUCAAGUCUAUGAAGAAUAUAUCGAAAGUUGCUGCGUGCUUAAUUGUUUAUCUGAGUAAGGAUGAUAUAAAGGCAACAAUUCAAAGGCUAUAUGACUUUACUGCACGUCUAUGGGAGGAAUGGGAAGAGUGUCCACUAAGUGAGAAUUCGGAUGAAAGUUCAGCAGAGGACGAUAUUAAAGAAGGAUUGAAACUAUUAUGGUACAUCCUAAAGAUACUCCUAUUCUCGGUUACAAUGGUGUGUAAAGCCAUUUUUGAUGAAUCGUUGAUAAGAUCUGAAGUUUGCGGAUUACAUGAGUAUCAACACAUGCUCCUCCUAUACUCUAAUGUCUACUUUAUAACAUCCAAAUUUGGCCUUUAUGGGUUCUCGGUCUAUAAGAUAGUGUGGUUCGGCAUAUUAUCCCAACUAAUGGAAUCGGAUGAUUCUUGUACUUUCGUUACGCAACAACUCAAACCAAGUAGUGGGACUACGCCCGCACAAAAGAGUAAAGUGGCUUACUAUUUCUUGGUGAUCGAGCAGCUUAUGAAAGUCUUGGACAAUAAUGUUGUAGAAGAAGUGCUGAUUUAUUUGAAAUUAUACCUCAGGGAUAAGACUGACAUGCACUUGUUUGAGUCAGCUCAUGCUGUAAUGAUCUCUAUAUUUGCGAAUCAGAAGACGAUAAUGAUUGAAAUCGCACCAUUUUACUGUGAUCUGUUACUGGACAACUAUCCGGAUUUAUUAUCUACGAACCAAUGGCGCUUGACGUUCAGCACGAUGAUACGCUCGCUUUCAGAAGCAGAUGAUGCCCUUGUGUGGUAUUGUCUCAGCAGACUCAUAGCAAAAAUUCAAUCAAUACCUGUUACUACAUCUUCUCAAGCGGUUACUGAAAAUGAUACAAAAAACAAGAAAGCUCCUAGCGCAAAUACAGAAGAGACCCAAUCUGCUUCGCUGCAUAGCAGGAGUCAUAUCCUGUUGAUACUCAUUGACCAGAUUAAGACAGUCAAUCUGAUAUUUCUGCAGACGUUACUCACAACUGUCAAAAAGUUUAUUGGCCAGGAACCGGAUGGACCCGAAAAGAAAUUGUUACUGAAAGCAGUUUUUGAUUCUUUGAGUCUCGGAUUGGACUAUACAAAGAAAGAGGCAGGCGUUAAAUGGUGGCUUAAUGAAAAUCAAGAGUUGACACCAAAGUUAUGA